AUGCCAUUGAGUUCGGCAAUUUCAUUCGGCUCUCCCGCUCAAUUUCCUUUCAUCUUAACCGACCGUCUUUCUGAGCAGGAGCUCGAAGCUCCACUAGCCUAUCCUCUUCGCUUCUUCCUCUCUCGCCGCUGUUCUCUCUCUAAUGGCCAGAAGAUCGGUGAGAUACGCCGUGGUUGAUGCUUUCACUGACACUCCUUUCAAGGGGAAUCCCGCUGCCGUCUGCCUAUUGGAAGAAGAAGCCGGAGUGGAUGACAACUGGAUGCAGAAUGUUGCCAAGGAGUUCAACUUAUCUCAGACCGCUUUCUUGGUCCCUUCCGCCGCCUCCGUCGCCGUCAGCGAAGUCUCGGCGUUCUCUUAUCCCCGUUUUCGUCUCCGGUGGUUCACCCCCGUGGAAGAGGUCAAGCUUUGUGGGCAUGCAACGUUGGCAUCUGCACACUUCCUUUUUACGUCUGGUUUGGUGAAGAGCGAGAUAAUAGAGUUUGAUACUGCAUUUGGAAUUCUGACUACCAAGAAAGUGCAUGAAUUCAGGAAAUUGGAUUCUGCAGAGCCUUACCCAAAUGGGAAUGGAGAAAGUUUUUCUAUUGAGCUUGACUUUCCCUUAGUUCAAGUUGUAGAUUGUGUGUCCGAAGAAAUCCCAUCCUUUCCUGAAACUUUGAAAGAUUUGCCUAUUGUGGAUGUCCACAAAACUUCCUUUGGAGACCUUCUUGUAGAACUCACUUCUGGGAAGGAACUUGCUGAUGUUAAACCAAAUCUCGUUGAGCUAAAGAGAUGUGCUGGAAGGGGGGUCAUUAUGACAGCUCCUGCUCCUCCUGGUACUGGAUUUGAUUUUUUUUCCCGCUUCUUCUGUCCAAAGUUGGAAAUUAAUGAGGAUCCUGUCUGUGGGAGUGCACACUGCGCAUUAGCACCCUACUGGAGUAGGAAAUUGGGGAAGCUCAAUCUUAUCGCUUAUCAGGCCUCUCCAAGGAGUGGAAUACUUGAUCUACAAGUGGAUGAGGGUAGAAAUCGAGUUCUGAUGCGAGGAAAAGCUGUGACUACUAUGGCAGGAUUUCUAAUGGUCUGAUGUUUUGUUGCUUGCUCCACCCCUUGUAAUUGAGACUAUGGAACCGAAUAAUGUGGACGGUUUCAUUUUGGAACGAGUUGUUGAA